ACGCGCGAGAGGCAUGACCCGAACCAGACUGUUGUGGCCACAUAGCAACAACAAACUCUCAUCUUGACUGAGAACUGAGUAUUUUUGAGUUUUUAGUGCUAUUUUUUGUGUAGCACUCAUACCGAAGCAGCGAUAUGCCCGAAUCAGAAGUGAUGGAGCCCCCCCAGAUUUUUGUGGAGCGGACACUGGCCCUCAUCAAGCCAGAAGCGGUAGACAGAGCCGAAGAAAUCGAAGAAAUUAUUCUCCAGUCUGGCUUCACCAUUUUGCAGAAGCGACGUGUGCAUCUGACUCCAGAGCAGACCAGUGAUUUCUACGCUGAGCAUUACGGCAAGAUGUUCUUCCCCUCGCUGGUGGCCUACAUGAGCAGUGGGCCCAUCGUGGCCAUGGUUCUCGCCAGGGAUAACGCCAUUGCCUGUUGGCGGGAGCUGUGCGGACCGACCAAUACCAACAAGGCGCGCGAGACACACCCAGACAGUAUCCGAGCUCUCUAUGGCACCGAUGACCAGAAGAAUGCCGUGCACGGCAGCGAUAGUCAGUACAGCGCAGAGAGAGAAAUCAGAUUCAUGUUUACAGACAGUAUUGUUGAGCCGAUCCCCGCUGGGCAAGCAGCCAAGGAUUACCUGACCAAAGUCGUCAAUCCGACGCUGCUGAGAGGCCUAACGGAACUCUGCAAACAGAAGCCUGAAGACCCAGUGACGUGGCUUGCUGAUUGGCUGAUUAGUAACAACCCAAAUAAGCCUCGGAUUCAGGAGAGGUACCAAGUGGUGGAGCCCAUGUGAACGCACUCCAGGAUCUUGUAAGACACUCCAAGAAACACCACGAAACGUUUUAGUUAAUAGUUCAAUCAGUAAAUUGAGGUAGAAAAAGGCAUGCGGAUUUCAUCGUUCAUGUACUUCCGAUAAAAAGCAUUUUGCUUUGACUCAUGUUAAGCCUUAUUUUUUUUCCAAGACCAAGUUAACUAAAAAUUUAUUGGGAAUAAGAUUUCUAGAAUUCUUGGUUUUUUUUUUAAUUUGAUUUGUUGCACGCGCCACAAGAAUUCACAUUGCUUAUUGAAAUGUAAAUCGUAUAAGUAUCUAUUUUUUUUUUUAAAGUUUAUGCGUUUUAAACCAUAUUUAUGUUAGAUUCUUUGAAGUUAUGUGUUUGUAACAAGACUUUUUAUGUAUAUGUACAGUUACUGAAAGGUUUGCGUUCUGACAACAGAAACAAAUUUAUAUAUCUGUGAUAAAAAAAAAAAAGUUAUUUCAUUAAAAAUUAUUUCACGCCGUUCUCAAGGUUAAUACAUAUCAAGUUCGGUAAAGGAAACUUUUUUGAAAGAAGUACUUCAUGUUUCAGAUAAAAUCUAAAUACUUGGAAAUUGAUAAUACACUGUCAAAGGGGUAUGUUCCAAAAAGUUUUUUUUAAGGCCAUCUUGUCGAGAGCAUAGCCGCAUUUGAAUGGACCUUGUAUGUUCAUUUUUUAGGCCUCAAAAUGGGGGGGGGGGGCAAUAAAGUCAUGUUGUGGACAUUGUUCUUAACAUGUAAUAUUAAUUUUUUUUUUUCCAGAAAAUUUGUAUUGAUGGUAACCUUACAAAUUGAGUAUAAUUCACUGUUUGCACGCUUCCGCCAUCAGCAUGCAGAACCUCGAUUGGGCGACUUUACACAAUAUAGCCAACAGUGAUUCCAGUGUCGGGUUCAAUUUAUACAUGGGAAUCACUAUUAAAAGCGGCUAUUUUUAUUGUGUAAAGUUGCCAGAUCGAGGCUCUGCAUGCUGAUGGCGGAGCGUGAAAAGAGCGAACUAUCUUAAAUUGAUUUCAGAAGGAAAAUUUUUGGGGUUGGUUUUGCAAAUGGAGAAAGGGUUCCUUUUGUGCUGUUUCAGAGAUAAUAAUUAAAAGUCAUGAUUAUCUGUAACACUUCUUGUUUGUAAAUAUUGAAGUCUGUUUGUUUAAUGGUCAAUAAAUGCUGUUCAAAGCACUGUUUUGAAGGAAA